CUCCGAGGGCGUGGAAGGGGACCCCAGGGCAUGGGCGUGGCGUGGGAGGAGUCCUCACCAGCUCCCCAGCCUGCUGCGGGGCUGCCCGCGCGGCCUGGAGCCGCCGAUGUCGGGGCAGUGUCCCCUCCCGGCGAUGCUGACCAUGGGGCCCUGCAGCCGGGUCAGAGCCAUCUUGCAGGGACGCGAGCAGAUUUUUGGCCCGAGGAUAGAGUACUCAAGGGUGGUGGUGCCCUGAGGCCUGUCCGGUUCUGAGCCGGAAGCCCCACUUGCCCAGGAGGAACUUGGCUGGCAAAGUCUCUCCUGGACCAGCUGGCCGCGAGGGUGGGCAUUGAACCGCAAACAGGGUGCUGCCCCUUCCUUGCCUGUGGCAUGUGAACUUUGGCUGGGAGUAACCUUCAUGGCAUGGGCCAGGAGCCCCCAAACCCAAGAUCGUCGGCCUAACCACGUGUCCGCUCGAGGUGCAGUCAACAUGAGUGAGCCUGGAGGGUCAGUCCGAGUGCUAGUGACAGGGGGAUCUGGGCUGGUGGGCAGAGCCAUCCAAGAGGUGGUAGCAGAUGGAGCUGGACUGCCUGGAGAGGACUGGGUGUUCGUCUCCUCCAAGGACGCGGAUCUUACGGACGCUGCACAGACCCGAGCCCUGUUUGAAAAGGUCCGGCCCACACAUGUCAUCCACCUUGCGGCAAUGGUGGGGGGCCUGUUCCGGAAUAUCAAAUACAACCUGGACUUCUGGAGGAAAAACGUGCACAUCAACGACAACGUCCUGCACUCGGCCUUCGAGGUGGGCGUGCGUAAAGUGGUCUCCUGCCUGUCUACCUGUAUCUUCCCGGACAAGACCACCUAUCCUAUCGACGAGACCAUGAUCCACAAUGGGCCGCCGCACAGCAGCAAUUUUGGCUACUCCUAUGCCAAGAGGAUGAUCGACGUGCAGAACAGGGCCUACUUCCAGCAGCAUGGCUGCACUUUCACCGCUGUCAUCCCCACUAACGUCUUUGGGCCCCACGACAACUUCAACAUUGAGGACGGCCACGUGCUGCCCGGCCUCAUCCACAAGGUGCACCUGGCCAAGAGCAGCGGCUCCGCCCUGACGGUCUGGGGCACCGGGAGGCCACGGAGGCAGUUCAUCUACUCACGGGACCUGGCCCGGCUCUUUGUUUGGGUCCUGCGGGAGUACAAUGAGGUGGAGCCCAUCAUCCUGUCAGUGGGCGAGGAGGAUGAGGUCUCCAUCCAGGAGGCAGCUGAAGCUGUGGUGGAGGCCAUGGACUUCCAUGGGGAGGUCACCUUUGAUACAACCAAAUCGGAUGGGCAGUUUAAGAAGACGGCCAGUAACAGGAAGCUUCGGACCUACCUGCCCAACUUCCGGUUUACACCCUUCAAGCAGGCUGUGAAGGAGACCUGCGCCUGGUUCACCCAGAACUAUGAGCAGGCCCGGAAGUGAAGCGUGGCGUGCGGGUAGGCGCCGGUUGCCGCCGAGGCCUCGGAGACAGAUCCUGCGGGAGUGGAGGGCACUGCCUGGCAAUCUGGGCCCACCUUCUAGUCCUCUGCCAGGGCGGCUCUGGGCAGCUGUGCAGUGGGGCUGCCGUUCAUGUCUGUCCUCAGGGAAACCAAGGGCUGGCCAGGCCCGGCACCUUGCUCCCCAACACCAGUCCUGGGGUCCUGAGUGUGUCCCCUCCUAAUCCUGCUCUCCCACUCCCUGGGAGGUAAUAAAGUCCAUUUUCCCAGG